UUCGGCCAACCCCUCCCUCCGGUGGGUGACGCGCCGGGUCUUGUGGUGGAAGACAUAACGAGGCGGCCGGGUGGGAGUGCGGAGCGGUGUCCGGGAUGUCGGUGAACAUGGAGGAACUGCGGCACCAGGUGAUGAUUAAUCAGUUCGUGCUGGCGGCAGGCUGUGCGGCGGACCAGGCCAAGCAGCUCCUGCAGGGGGCACACUGGCAGUUCGAGACUGCUCUCAGCACAUUUUUCCAAGAAUCUAAUAUCCCCAGUGCUCAACAUCAUCCACACAUGAUGUGUACACCAAGUAACACACCAGCCACUCCGCCCAACUUCCCUGAUGCUUUAGCCAUGUUUUCAAAGCUGCGUACCUCUGAGAGCUUCCAGAACAGCAGCAGUCCAGCCACCUCAAAUGCCUGCUCCCCUCCAGGCAACUUCAGCCCACACUGGGCCUCCUCUCCACCUAAUCAACAGCCUGUUUGGCUUCCCCCAGCCUCUCCCGCCACACUUCUCCACCACCACCACCAUCAUGCACAGCCUACAUGGCCCCCUACCUCCCAGCCUUCAGGGGGCCCACAGAAAGCCAUGACGGCCAUGGAUGCACAAAGAUAAGACUGGUUAUGAGUGAUCUGGAGCUGGAGAAGAGGCAGUGAUGAAUGCCUCCUUUUUUUUCCUUUUUUUUUUUUUCUGUUUUUAUUUUAUAAAUAAAAGGUUCUGGCUUUUUGUUUUCUCCAAAGGUGAGAAAGUGGAAGGGGGGAAUGAAAGUGAGCUCCCUUUUCCGUCUCCUUUUUAAUAUAUAAAUAUACUGUAUACAGAAAAGAAUAUAUAUGAGGUGCUGGAUGAGGCAUCUUGGAAAACGUUGAAGAAUUGUGGCCUGCGUAGGCCACUUUAACAGAUGGUGGGGAAGGUUUAAGCAGUUCUCACUCUUAGUCUUAUCCGCUCUGUUUGUAAUAGAACAGUUUAUAUGUUGAACCAGUCCUUGGAGCUACAUUGUGUUCACCUGCGCUGGACGUUAAGUGAAGAAAGUGACACUGCUUGAGUUGGAUCAUCUAAACAGAGAAGGAAUGGCCAUCUUUCAAACACUGGCUUGAGAGGAGAGAACCUGACUCUGAUGAAUGUAGUGGGAAGGAAAAAGAAAAGGCAUUCAUGGACAGACCAGCAGGGGUGAUCUGACAUCCAUAGAACCAUAAGCCAUGUCUGGCAUCCAGGCAAUAAAAGCUUCAUCUAAAUGGAAUAGCCACCCUCUUCCACGGUCUUCUUACAGUGCAGGAGGAAUGGAUCACUACAAUGGCUUCCAGUUUCCUUUUUGUAGUUGGCGUUCUAAACAGGGAUUUAAAAAAAAGUUAACUGUUACCAAAGUCCUUGUGAAUUCUUUUACAGGACACAUAAUGCAGUAAAUGAAGCCAUGUCAGCAUGUGGAAGGUCACCCUGAUUGCGAGCAUUGCCCUUUUAUGCCACCACCUAAAGGUGGCACUUGAUGGAUUUUUGAGAGUUUUCUAUUUGCUCCCAGUUGGGAAUAAGAGUCAUGUUCUUUGCCCUGAGCAAUAAAAAUAAACCAUGUGAUAUAA